UGUCAAAAUAAUGGAAAUAUACAAGCUCUAUAUGGCAAGUAUCAAGAAUGCAAUGAGAGAGUAAAUAGCAGGUCUAAAACAACCGAAACGUGCAUGGAAGAACUUUUUGACUAUGUAACGGAAUUGGAUCAUUGCGCUGCACACCAUCUGUUCUCAAAACUAAAAUAAAAUAUGUGAAGCUUAAAAUUUGUUUAAUAUUAAUAGUAAAAAAUAAACAUUUAUUCCGAA